UUCAGUCUUCAGUAGAAAUACGAAGAACACACAACAUUUCAUUACACCGAACGUUGUUAACAUUUGAAAAAGUUUUUUUCCUUUUCUUUUUAUCGAACUGUGUUGUAAUAAAAUAUUGAAUUGUCAAUCUCUGUUUUUGUGUUCAAAACCUUAACGAAGGAGCAAAUGUUGCAGUUGCCGUUUAAAUUCUAAAUAAUCAUUGGAAACCCCGGCCGUUGGCCUCCACCUGUAUGUCUGUAUAUUAGAAAUAUAUAGAAUGGACUCUGACGAUGAGUUUUCUGAUCAGGAUCAUGGCGACUCGCAUCGUUCCAUUCACAGUCAUAGUCCAUCAUCAUGUAUAUCAUAUGUUGACAGUGAUGAGGAUAUAUGCACGGAAAUUUUAUUGCAAGAGAGGCCAAAGCGUGUAAUGGAGAAUGAUGAUUUUGUCUACAAAGUUCUCUCGGUUGAUCAGAUUGUCCAGCAUCAAAGGAAUAUCAUUGAUGAGGUCAAUACUGUGCUCAAUUUAUCGCCGCAAAUCACCAGAAUAAUAUUAAAUCAUUAUAAAUGGGAUAAGGACACCUUAUUUGAGAAUUAUUUUGAGAGCAGUCCCCAGGAGUUCUUUAAGCGAGCCCAUAUAGUGAAUCCAUUUGCCGCAACAACAUCAGCAUCGACAACAACAACAAGUGUAAGGCAAUCUCAGAAGACAAAAUCGGAGGAUGACGAUGAAGACGACGAUGAAGAUGAGGAGGUUGAGGAGGAGCAAGAGCAUAUCUGUGGCAUAUGCUUUUGCCCAUACCGUCAGCUAACGGGCUUGGCAUGUGGUCAUUGUUUCUGUACUGGUUGCUGGAAACAAUAUUUGGCCAAUAAGACAUGCAGCGAAGGUUUGGCCCACAGUAUAUCCUGCCCGGAAUCCGAUUGUGACAUUUUGGUAGAUUAUGUAUCAUUUCUACAGUUGGCUGAUGAUGUAAAGGUUGUGGAACGAUAUCAGCAAUUGAUAACAAACACAUUUGUUGAAUGUAAUGUGCUGAUGCGUUGGUGUCCAGCGCCAAAUUGUAGUCACGCCAUCAAGGUAAACUAUGCCGAGGCAAGGGGAGUUCUUUGUAAAUGCGGUCAUCAGUUUUGCUUUGAAUGUGGUGAAAAUUGGCACGAACCGGCCAGUUGUAGCUGGCUGAAGAAAUGGCAAAGGAAAUGUCAAGAGGACUCGGAAACAUCGAAUUGGCUUGCACAGCAUACGAAAGAGUGCCCCAAGUGCAAUGUGACUAUUGAAAAGGAUGGCGGCUGCAAUCAUAUGGUCUGUAAGAAUCCCACCUGCCGUUAUGACUUUUGCUGGGUAUGCCUGGGCUCAUGGGAGCCGCACGGUUCAUCCUGGUACAGUUGCAAUCGCUUCGACGAGGAGGAUGCCAAGCAGGCCAGAUUGGCACAGCAGCAGUAUCGUUCAUCGAUGGCCCGAUAUCUGCACUAUUACAAUCGUUAUAUGAAUCAUCAGCGUAGCAUGCGCUUGGAGCAAAAACUGUAUGCCAAUGUGAGGGCCAAAAUGAAUGAAAUACAAGAGGAAAUGAGUUGGAUUAAUGUGCAAUUUUUGCAAGACGCUGUCGAUGUUUUAUGCGAAUGCCGUGGCACUCUUAUGUACAGCUAUGUAUUCGCCUUCUAUUUGGGUAAUAAUAAUCAGAAAAUUAUAUUUGAGGAUAAUCAACGGGAUAUGGAAGUGGCCACCGAAAAGAUAUCCGAAUGCCUUGAACGGGAAAUAACCGUUAAGAAUCUAUAUGAGAUUAAAAAGAAAGUUUUAGAUCUAACGCAAUAUUGCCAGAAACGACGAUCUGUUCUGCUACUUCAUGUGCGUGAGGGUUAUGAGAAAGAAUGGUGGGAAUUUGUCGACGAUCUGAUUAUACCAACAUCUACCUAAAUACACCUAUGUCAAUAUAUAUAUAUAUAUAUAUAUACCA